UGUCAAGAAAAAAUAAAAAAAGGCAGACGAGAGGCAACGCUGCAGCAGCCUUCUGCAUUUAUUAAUUUUAUUCCUCUAUUCAAUAAUUAUUUUACAUCAUGAACGGCAUUAGAAUCAUUACAAAAUUACCUUACAGACAGUGGCGCUCGUUUUCACGAUGCUCAAUCUUGCAUCAAGAAAUUGCACAAGCAGCUGCACCACUCACAAUUCCAUUGCCAGAAGGAGUCGACAAACCCGUAUCGCCAAAAAUUGAGAAAUUAGUAACAGACAUAACACAGCUCAAUCUUCUUGAGGUGUCAGAGCUCAGUCAGGUCUUGAAGAAGAGACUUAAUUUGCCCGACGCUCCAGUUAUGCCGGCUGGUGGUUUUGCAAUAGCCGCCCCAGCUCAGGAAGAGGAAGUAGCUACACCCAAAGCUGUGAAAACUAACUUUACUGUCAAAAUGACUAAAUUUGAUGACAAACAGAAAGUUGCACUCAUCAAAGAAGUGAAGAGCUUACUGGAAGGAUUUAAUCUUGUACAAGCCAAGAAGUUUGUGGAGAGCGUCCCGACAAUUGUAAAGGCAGAUAUAUCCAAAGAUGAGGCAGAAAAACUAAAAGAAGCGUUGUCUAAAGUUGGAGCAGUUAUAGAAAUUGAAUAGGUUAAGGGUGUUAGAUUUAUUUAGAUUGUUAAUUUUAGUUUAAUAAAAAUUGUAAAUUUA